UGUUUGUCUCUGCUAUGAGCACCAAAUAAAGUUUUUUCAUUCAAAAGCAUUUUUUAACCCGCCUCCCUCCUCAUCUGAGCUCCUCCCUCGCGCCGGCACCUCCUGCUUUCCUGCGUCUGGUGAAACCCGAGAGUUGGCGCGGGGAACGCGGAUGGUGAUGGCGGGGCCUCCGAAGUCUCUCUCGGGACAGGACGUAGGAUCAUUUGCCUAUAUUACAAUUAAAGAUAGAAUACCACAGAUCUUAACCAAGGCUAUUGAUACACUGCAUCGACACAAAAGUGAAUUUUUCGAGAAACAUGGAGAGAAAGGCAUGGAAGCUGAAAAGAAAGCAAUUUCUCUUCUGUCUAAAUUACGGAAUGAAUUGCAAACAGAUAAACCAAUAGUUCCUUUAGUUGAGAAGUUCGUUGAUACUGACACAUGGAAUCAGUACCUAGAAUAUCAACAGAGCCUUUUAAAUGAAAGUGAUGGGAAACCAAGGUGGUUUCUUUCCCCGUGGUUGUUUGUGGAAUGCUACAUGUAUCGGAGGAUUCAUGAAGCAAUUAUCCAAAGUCCGCCAAUCGAUGACUUUGAUGUAUUUAAAGAAUCAAAAGACCAAAGUUUCUUUGAGUCGCAAGAAUCUAUCAUUGCUUUAUGUACUCACCUGCAAGAAUUGAUGAAAACUAUUGAAGACCUAGAUGAAAAUCAGCUGAAAGAUGAGUUUUUUAAAGUUCUUCAGAUAUCACUGUGGGGAAAUAAGUGUGAUCUCUCUCUAUCAGGCGGGGAAACUAGCUUUCAGAAGACCAAUAUAGUAAAUUCUUUGGAAGACCUAAAACCUUUCAUUUUAGUGAAUAACAUGGAACAGCUUUGGUCGUUGCUCAGCAAUUGCAAGAAAACAAGAGAAAAAGCAUCUAUUACUCGAGUGAUUAUUGUUCUGGACAAUUCUGGGUUUGAACUUGUUACAGAUUUAGUAUUAGCUGACUUCUUGUUGUCCUCUAAACUGGCUACUGAGAUCCAUUUUUACGGAAAAAUGAUUCCAUGGUUUGUUUCUGAUACUACUGUGCGUGAUUUUAACUGGUUACUCAAACAGCUAAAACAUUCUAAUCAUAAGUGGAUGUCCAGGUGUGGGGUUGACUGGGAAAACCAUAUAAAAACGGGCAGGUGGGUUUACCUGGAUCAUAUGUUUUGGACUCUACCUCAUGAAUUCAGCGCAAUGUCUCAAGUUGCUCCUGACUUAUAUGCCGCACUACAGAAGGCACAUUUAAUUUUAUUUAAGGGGGACCUGAAUUACAGGAAGUUGACAGGUGACAGAAAGUGGGAGUUUACCAUUCCAUUUCAUGAGGCUUUGAAUGGCUUCCACCCCGCACCCCUCUGCAGUAUAAGAACAUUAAAAGCUGAGGUUCAGGUUGGUCUGCCGCCUGGGCAAGGGGAGCAGCUCACAGCUGCUGAGCCCACCUGGCUGACCAGGGGGAGGUACGGAGUGUUUCAGUUUGACGGUCCGCUUUGACUUGCUGUCGGAGCUCUCCGCUGAGUAGGAAGGUCUGACAGGCACUCUUCUUCAUCUCUGGAACAGCAGCAUGUGCAUUUAGGCGCUUGGCUGCUUCGCGUAGCUCUGGGCCGCUUGGCUUCUCAGUGCUCUCUUACCUCCGCUCUGAGGCUUUCUCCUUUGGACAUGUUGCCCCACUGCUUUGUUUUGGGGAAAGACGGGUUGCACUAGUUACAGCUACUUAGGUUUAUGUCGGAACUUUAGUAACUUAUUUCAAGUUAAAUGCAUCAUUUCAAAUGGUUUUCAUGAACUUAACUGGGCCGAAAACAGUAUAAGUGAAUUCUGCUUUUAAAGUUAAUAUUUUCUUAACCCACUAUGCUGCAUGGUAUUUAACAUUCUUAAGAAGCACGGAAUUGUAUUUAGUUUGAUUUGGGGCUCUAGAAAUAAGGGCUCCGUGAUAUAAUAUACAUCUUAAAUAUGCUUUGUCAAGAGAGGUGUUUCUUGCAGCUGUGAUAUUUGAACACAUGAAAGUUAAAACUUAAGCUCUGAAGUUAAUUCUAAAUUUUAUUUCUCCUUGAAUUUCAUUUCAUUUCAUUUCAAUAACCUGUAUUAUUUGCACAUGUUUGCCUUUUGAUUGGCCUGUGGAAUGGAUGGAAGGAAACACAGAAUUGAACAGAAUGAAAUUCCAUGAUACUUGAAGAAAUGUAACACCUUUUACCUUCUCUUUGUGAUAUUAAUAAUCAACCGGGAUAUGUUAUUUUAACACAUAAAAGUGUUUUAAAUGAACAAGAUUGCCUUGCAGUUAAACAAAAAACUUUAGAUAGAAAAGAUUCUUAUGCCUUGAUUUUGGAGUACUACCAACAAAUUAAUCCACUUUUUGUAUUCUUAAGUGUUUAUUGGUAAUCACCAGCUAUUAAAGACUCUAAAGUUUCAGGUCAGUUUGUUUUGAAAUUGAAAUUGGAAAUAAACCUGGAAAUGUUUUCUUGCACUAGAAUAAUAAAAUGAAUUGUACUGAAAAA